AUGUACAAAGAAGAAAAACAAGUUCUCAAUGUAAUCAAAGCCAUCAUCUCGCUUUUAGGAGCUCAGUACCCUAACAUCAGAUAUUUUGGCCCGCCUUUACAGUCUAUAAUUUCUUGUCCUUCUGCUUGCCUUUCUACUUCCCCUUCUUCUAAUUCUUCCUCGUCCUUAUCUUCUUCAAUCUUCAUCGCCCCUCCCCCUCCCCCUCCCCCUCCCCCCUCAUCACCCGUCAAGAUGCCACUCUACUGCACCCCGUGCAACAGGACAUUUGAGCAACAAGAAUACUUAGAGCAGCAUCUGCGACUGUCCCGUCGACAUGCGAAAUCUCCCCCGACACGCCUCCAACCCGCAAACGCCCAGUCACGAGGUUCCCAGGCCCAGCACAUGAUCCACACCAGCAGCAACGCGAGAUGCUCGAAUCCCAUGAGAAAUGAUCGACUGCCAUUACGGAAGCUUUCUAGUGCCAUUUUUAACACUCCCCAGAACCAGACUCAGACCGAGACCCAUAUGCAGAUCCAGAUGCCGGUCUGUGGAGAAUUGCUUCCCCCGGCUCCUCGAUGGACUGUCAUUCCCCAUUCCGAGGCUCAAUCGAUACUGGAACUGCUCGCUGGACAUUCCCACUCGCUGAAGGAACUGGAGGCCAACAAGUUUCUUGUCAAACCAUACGUUGCCGAGAGCACCACGCAUCUCCCGCGCAAGUGCACACGAUGCAAUGCUAGAGACAAACUCUCCCCUCGACCCAGGCCCGAGGCUGAUAAACAUGAACCGACUGAGGAAGAUUCUGCUGAGCCCAAAGGCAACGAGGACCAACAGUGCUUCUUUCACACCUCCAAGCGGAACAAAUACAACAUUAAGAAGCCUUACAAAUGCUGCACCAGCACCGGAGGCAAAGGCUGCACCAUGGCUAACAAGCACGACUUCCAACUCGCAGCCCAAUUCUCGAGAUAUUGCCACUUCCGCGAGACUCCACCGCCCGAUGGACGAGUCAAGGCUCGUGCAGUGGUACUGGACUGUGAAAUGGCAGGCGUGGUGGGCAACGCCACGGGUGAGCCUAUUCUUAUCUGCGCGAUUGACUACAUCACUGGCGUCACCAUCCUCAACCACUACGUUGUCCCGGAGGAGCCUAUUACCCAGAUGCGCACCGGUUGUCACGGAGUCACUUAUGCUGCGCUCAACGAUGCAAGAAAUCGCGGCAUUGCGCUUGCCGGUUGGGAAGGUGCACGUGCAGAGCUAUGGAAGCACAUUGACGAGGAGACGAUACUCAUCGGUCAUGCUUUGGACAAUGAUUUGGGUGUUCUGCGUAUGAUUCAUCGACGAGUCGUCGACUCGGGAAUUCUGGCUCGAAGUGCGGCUGGCAAGGGACCGCAGUGUGGCUUGCAGGCCUUAUGCUCGCAACUGCCCGGUAUCGAGAUCCGAAAGAACAAGAAAGGGAUUCACGAUUGCAUGGAGGAUGUCUUUGCAACCCGAGAGGUCGUACUGUUCUGUACUCGGCGCAAGGACGAAUUCAAGGCCUGGGCUAAAGCCAGAAGAGCUGAACAGCUUCAACUGGAGAAGGAGCGCGAGAAGUUGAGGUUGGAGAAAGAGCAAGCGAAAGAGGCAGAGAAGCGCAAGCACGAGGAAGCAACGAAGGAUGGGAAAAGCAAGUACACCGUCUUGACCUGGUUACAGGUCGAGGUUGAGGGAGGAACAGGACCCGGGAAAGAAGCCAGGAAAUACACAAAACGCGGAUAUGCGAGCAAUAUGGAGAGCAAAGUCCCAACUCUGACUAAUUACUUUACUCCUGACGUAGCAUUCGCGAUUGAUACAGAGAAAGUCGACUUGUUGUCACGUGAGCUGGCGUAUGUGUUCGGUUAUCAUCCGAUCGGACUGUCGCGACGCCAGAUCUUUAGAACCUCAAUCCAAAUUACAAUCCCAACCUCAACUGCAUCACCACUCACUCGCAACCCGCGUCGCUCAAUCGCAAUAAUGACCAUUGGCAUCGACGACGACGAUGACGACGAAUUCGGCUUCAGCUCCGGCGACGAGGCUGAUCUUGUUGCACUGAUAGACGCGACAAACACCAAGAGGAAAUUGUCUGACGCCGACGACCUCCUUCCUUCCAAACGAAUUGCGGCCCAAUCAUACCCUUCCGCGAUCACAGCGCUUAAGAAUAACUUUGGAAUGAAGGAAUUUCGAUCAAAGCAAGAACAGGUUAUAUCACGGAUAUUGAGCGGAGAAAGUGCCACCGUCGUAUUUCCGACUGGAGGAGGAAAGAGUCUCUGCUACCAGAUACCAGCGUUGGCAUUCGCAGAGGAAGAUAAGCGGACUGCUAUUCGGGGGGAGGGAGAGAGUGGUAUCACCUUGGUUGUGUCUCCGUUAAUCGCGUUGAUGAAGGAUCAAGUCGAUGCGCUCGUCCGCCGCGGAAUCAAAGCAGCAUCAUUCGAUUCGUCCAAGCCCCGUGAGGAAUACCUGCACACCUGCGAGAUGCUACGUAGCGGAGAGUUAAAGAUACUGUACUGCGCCCCCGAGAGACUCAACAAUGAAGGCUUUCUCCAGCAGAUGAUGCAUGUCCGAGGAGGGGUUCGUUUGUUGGCGGUGGACGAGGCACAUUGUAUUUCUGAAUGGGGGCAUGCUUUUCGCCCAGAAUAUCUCAAGGUUUCCAGAUUUGCCACUGAGAUCAGAGCUGAACGCGUGGUCUGCCUUACGGCUACCGCCACUCCCCAAGUUGCUUCAGACAUCUGCAAAGCGUUCAACAUUGACGAAGAGGCCGGUCUCUUCAGAACAUCAACCUACCGAAAAAACUUACAGCUUUUGGCGGAGUCCGGUAAGACCAAGCAGGACCUAUACCCCAAGCUGUUCAACUUUUUAAAGCAAAAUCCCGGCCCUACAAUCAUUUAUGUUACAAUUCAGAAGCAGACAGAAAUGUUGGCUCUGGACCUAGUGCGACAAGGCUUUAAUGCAAAAUCCUUUCACGCCGGUAUGGAGACUGCUGCAAAGACUGCUCUCCAGAACGAAUUUAUGCGUCGGGAUGAUUUGAUCAUUGUGGCUACUAUUGCUUUCGGAAUGGGCAUCGAUAAAGCAAACAUUCGCAACGUCGUUCAUUAUAAUCUCCCGAGUAGUCUUGAAUCAUAUAGUCAGGAGAUUGGAAGGUCUGGGAGAGACGGCAAGAUUAGCAAAUGCAUGUUCUAUGUCUGUGGAGAAGAUCUUCACCUACGCGAGAUGUUUGCUCGUGGUGAUCUUCCAAGCCUCAAAGGUGUCCAGGACCUUCUGGAGGAAAUAUUCAGCACAGCUCACGCCGAGGUCGGAAGUGAAAUCAAGCUCUCCCUCUAUACACAGUCCAGAGAAUAUGAUAUUCGGGACAGCACUUUGAAAAACAUCUACGCCCAGUUAGAACUCACGUACGGCCUGAUCCGAGCUACUACACCUAUGUAUACAAAAUACUCCUACGCUGCCGGCCCCUCAUAUGAAUCAACCGUCUCCCGAGAUCAGUCCCCGGCUGCCAUUGCCGUCAGAGGGUUUGCAAAGAAGGCUGUAAAACUGCAUCACAUUGAUGUCGAUGCUGCCUCAAGCAGGUACGGGCUAGAGCGGACGGAGCUGAUUCGGAAAUUGAAUGACUGGAACGAGAGCCGAGUCAUCGAUCUGAAGCCCACGGGGGUCCUUAACGUCUACAAGGUCAUGCAAAAGGUACCGAAGAAAGCCGAGAUCGAACGUCUCGCUCAGCAGAUCCAUGCGACCAUGGAGAAGCGUGAAAGAGAAGCCUUGCAACGCACCAACGACAUGCUCGAGCUGAUCACAUCCAAAGCAUGCUUCUCCAAAUCCCUCGCUCGCCAUUUCGGAGACGACAUUGGUGGAGACGAGUGCGGACACUGCACCUGGUGCAUGACACACCAGGCCGUCGUCCAGCAGCUGCCGCCCCCGGUAGAUCUCAACCUAGCAGCUCUGAAAGCCGUCUUGGACAGAGUAAGUGAUCGGGACGACGCUCGAUUCCUGACCCGGGUUGCUUUCGGCAUCUCAAGUCCCCGCGUGACUACACUGAAGCUAUCCAAAGAUCCCGUCUUUGGAUCCAUGGCAGACCAUGAUUUCUCGAAGCUCCUCAAGGCCUUCACCGCCGCAUGCGCAGCGGCCAACAAGAAGCGUUCUUAA